AUACAUUAUUACUUAUUUGUACUGUUAUUGGCGGAGAUAUAGAUCAAAUCUCUGAGUCGUAAAACAUAAAGGCGAUAAUCUUUAAUCUAUUCGCAGAAACCAAAUAUUUUUAAGGAGCAUAAGCCACAUUUUGUUCAGUGAAAAACGGGGUGAAUUUCCGUAUAGAAUAAGGCGAAAAAAAUUAUUAGUGAGAGAUGAAGUUCAAAUUUUCCGGAUAUAUUUUUCUGCUGCUGGUACUUCCUAGUCUCAACUGCAGCCUGUCAGCUCCAUCCGAAGCCGAAUUAUCAUGCAACAGUACCAUUUUCUCAUGUGGCGUAACUUUGGAGACUGGUAGAUACUCAAAUCCUAGUGAUCCAACCUGUAAAUCAUACCUUUAUUGCUAUUUCUCUGGAGAUCGAAUACUGGAGUACAAAUAUACUUGCUCUUUUGGAAUAUUUAAUCCAUUUACCAGGACAUGUGACAUCUCGUACAGUUGCCAUUGUUCUGCUUAUACAAACACCACUCAUGCUGCAACAUCUACUACAAUAGUGACUACAACAACUGAGUUAGCUGUGCCAGACAGUGAACCUACUUGUGUCUUCGGUACUAAUUUUACCUGUACGGUAACAGGAAAAUACGCCAACCCAUAUGACAGCACAUGUGGGACUUAUAUUCACUGCUUUUCUUGGAUAGCCGGUCAUACUACACAACAUAUUCAUUCCUGUUUAAUUGGUUUAUUUAACCCAAUUACUCAAAUAUGUGAUUCAGCGUAUGUAUGCCCUUGCAAGUAUAAAAUAUCGACAAUAUCUGAUACUACUUCUACCACAGUUGCAACAACGUCAACUAGUCCUGAUAUUUGCGCCGUAGGCACCAGUUUUAUUUGUUCUCAAACUGGUCGAUAUGCUAGUACUAUUGAUACUACAUGUAAAUCAUAUAUCUACUGUUACCGCUAUUCAAAUGGAACUGUUGGGCAAUUUGGGUAUAACUGUUCUAUUGGCCUUUUUAAUCCUAGUACUCAAACCUGCGACCUCACAUACGUGUGCCCUUGUAUAGAAGAAACGACGCUACCAUUAACAUCUGAGUCCACCACGAUCACCUCAGUUUCAUCGACAAGUUCAUCAACGUCUUCAAAUGCCGAUACUUGUGCCGUAGGUAGCAGUUUUAGUUGUUCAGAAACUGGUAGAUAUGCUAGUCCAAUCGAUACUACAUGUAAAUCAUAUAUCUACUGUUACCGUUAUUCAAAUGGAACUGUUGGACAAUUUGGGUAUAAUUGUUCUAUUGGACUUUUUAAUCCUAAUACUCAAAGCUGUGACCUCACAUACGUGUGUCCUUGUACAGAAGAAACGACGCUACCAUUAACAUCUGAGUCCACCGCGAUCACCUCAGUUUCAUCGACAAGUUCAUCAACGUCUUCAAAUGCCGAUACUUGUGCCGUAGGUAGCAGUUUUAGUUGUUCAGAAACUGGUAGAUAUGCUAGUCCAAUCGAUACUACAUGUAAAUCAUAUAUCUACUGUUACCGCUAUUCAAAUGGAACUGUUGGACAAUUUGGGUAUAACUGUUCUAUUGGUCUUUUUAAUCCUAGUACUCAAAGCUGCGACCUCACAUACGUGUGUCCUUGUAUAGAAGAAACGACGCUACCAUUAACAUCUGAGUCCACCACGAUCACCUCAGUUUCAUCGACAAGUUCAUCAACGUCUUCAAAUGCCGAUACUUGUGCCGUAGGUAGUAGUUUUAGUUGUUCAGAAACUGGUAGAUAUGCUAGUCCAAUCGAUACUACAUGUAAAUCAUAUAUCUACUGUUACCGCUAUUCAAAUGGAACUGUUGGACAAUUUGGGUAUAACUGUUCUAUUGGUCUUUUUAAUCCUAGUACUCAAAGCUGCGACCUCACAUACGUGUGUCCUUGUAUAGAAGAAACGACGCUACCAUUAACAUCUGAGUCUACCACGAUCACCUCAGUUUCAUCGACAAGUUCAUCAACGUCUUCAAAUGCCGAUACUUGUGCCGUAGGUAGUAGUUUUAGUUGUUCAGAAACUGGUAGAUAUGCUAGUCCAAUCGAUACUACAUGUAAAUCAUAUAUCUACUGUUACCGCUAUUCAAAUGGAACUGUUGGACAAUUUGGGUAUAACUGUUCUAUUGGUCUUUUUAAUCCUAGUACUCAAAGCUGCGACCUCACAUACGUGUGUCCUUGUAUAGAAGAAACGACGCUACCAUUAACAUCUGAGUCCACCACGAUCACCUCAGUUUCAUCGACAAGUUCUUCAACGUCUUCAAAUACCGUUACUUGUGCCGUAGGUAGCAGUUUUAGUUGUUCAGAAACUGGUAGAUAUGCUAGUCCAAUCGAUACUACAUGUAAAUCAUAUAUCUACUGUUACCGCUAUUCAAAUGGAACUGUUGGACAAUUUGGGUAUAACUGUUCUAUUGGUCUUUUUAAUCCUAGUACUCAAAGCUGCGACCUCACAUACGUGUGUCCUUGUAUAGAAGAAACGACGCUACCAUUAACAUCUGAGUCCACCACGAUCACCUCAGUUUCAUCGACAAGUUCAUCAACGUCUUCAAAUGCCGAUACUUGUGCCGUAGGUAGUAGUUUUAGUUGUUCAGAAACUGGUAGAUAUGCUAGUCCAAUCGAUACUACAUGUAAAUCAUAUAUCUACUGUUACCGCUAUUCAAAUGGAACUGUUGGACAAUUUGGGUAUAACUGUUCUAUUGGUCUUUUUAAUCCUAGUACUCAAAGCUGCGACCUCACAUACGUGUGUCCUUGUAUAGAAGAAACGACGCUACCAUUAACAUCUGAGUCCACCACGAUCACCUCAGUUUCAUCGACAAGUUCAUCAACGUCUUCAAAUACCGAUACUUGUGCCGUAGGUAGCAGUUUUAGUUGUUCAGAAACUGGUAGAUAUGCUAGUCCAAUCGAUACUACAUGUAAAUCAUAUAUCUACUGUUACCGCUAUUCAAAUGGAACUGUUGGGCAAUUUGGGUAUAACUGUUCUAUCGGAUUUUUUAAUCCUAGUACUCAAAGCUGUGACCUCACAUACGUGUGUCCUUGUAUAGAAGAAACGACGCUACCACUAACAUCUGAGUCCACCACGAUCACCUCAGUUUCAUCGACAAUUUCAUCAACGUCUUCAAAUGCCGAUACUUGUGCCGUAGGUAGUAGUUAUAGUUGUUCAGAAACUGGUAGAUAUGCUAGUCCAAUCGACACUACAUGUAAAUCAUAUAUUUACUGUUACCGGUAUUCAAAUGGAACUGUUGGACAAUUUGGGUAUAACUGUUCUAUUGGUCUUUUUAAUCCUAGUACUCAAAGCUGCGACCUCACAUACGUGUGUCCUUGUAUAGAAGAAACGACGCUACCAUUAACAUCUGAGUCCACCACGAUCACCUCAGUUUCAUCGACAAGUUCAUCAACGUCUUCAAAUGCCGAUACUUGUGCCGUAGGUAGUAGUUUUAGUUGUUCAGAAACUGGUAGAUAUGCUAGUCCAAUCGAUACUACAUGUAAAUCAUAUAUCUACUGUUACCGCUAUUCAAAUGGAACUGUUGGACAAUUUGGGUAUAACUGUUCUAUUGGUCUUUUUAAUCCUAGUACUCAAAGCUGCGACCUCACAUACGUGUGUCCUUGUAUAGAAGAAACGACGCUACCAUUAACAUCUGAGUCUACCACGAUCACCUCAGUUUCAUCGACAAGUUCAUCAACGUCUUCAAAUGCCGAUACUUGUGCCGUAGGUAGUAGUUUUAGUUGUUCAGAAACUGGUAGAUAUGCUAGUCCAAUCGAUACUACAUGUAAAUCAUAUAUCUACUGUUACCGCUAUUCAAAUGGAACUGUUGGACAAUUUGGGUAUAACUGUUCUAUUGGUCUUUUUAAUCCUAGUACUCAAAGCUGCGACCUCACAUACGUGUGUCCUUGUAUAGAAGAAACGACGCUACCAUUAACAUCUGAGUCCACCACGAUCACCUCAGUUUCAUCGACAAGUUCUUCAACGUCUUCAAAUACCGUUACUUGUGCCGUAGGUAGCAGUUUUAGUUGUUCAGAAACUGGUAGAUAUGCUAGUCCAAUCGAUACUACAUGUAAAUCAUAUAUCUACUGUUACCGCUAUUCAAAUGGAACUGUUGGACAAUUUGGGUAUAACUGUUCUAUUGGUCUUUUUAAUCCUAGUACUCAAAGCUGCGACCUCACAUACGUGUGUCCUUGUAUAGAAGAAACGACGCUACCAUUAACAUCUGAGUCCACCACGAUCACCUCAGUUUCAUCGACAAGUUCAUCAACGUCUUCAAAUGCCGAUACUUGUGCCGUAGGUAGUAGUUUUAGUUGUUCAGAAACUGGUAGAUAUGCUAGUCCAAUCGAUACUACAUGUAAAUCAUAUAUCUACUGUUACCGCUAUUCAAAUGGAACUGUUGGACAAUUUGGGUAUAACUGUUCUAUUGGUCUUUUUAAUCCUAGUACUCAAAGCUGCGACCUCACAUACGUGUGUCCUUGUAUAGAAGAAACGACGCUACCAUUAACAUCUGAGUCCACCACGAUCACCUCAGUUUCAUCGACAAGUUCAUCAACGUCUUCAAAUACCGAUACUUGUGCCGUAGGUAGCAGUUUUAGUUGUUCAGAAACUGGUAGAUAUGCUAGUCCAAUCGAUACUACAUGUAAAUCAUAUAUCUACUGUUACCGCUAUUCAAAUGGAACUGUUGGGCAAUUUGGGUAUAACUGUUCUAUCGGAUUUUUUAAUCCUAGUACUCAAAGCUGUGACCUCACAUACGUGUGUCCUUGUAUAGAAGAAACGACGCUACCACUAACAUCUGAGUCCACCACGAUCACCUCAGUUUCAUCGACAAUUUCAUCAACGUCUUCAAAUGCCGAUACUUGUGCCGUAGGUAGUAGUUAUAGUUGUUCAGAAACUGGUAGAUAUGCUAGUCCAAUCGACACUACAUGUAAAUCAUAUAUUUACUGUUACCGGUAUUCAAAUGGAACUGUUGGACAAUUUGGGUAUAACUGUUCUAUUGGUCUUUUUAAUCCUAGUACUCAAAGCUGCGACCUCACAUACGUGUGUCCUUGUAUAGAAGAAACGACGCUACCAUUAACAUCUGAGUCCACCACGAUCACCUCAGUUUCAUCGACAAGUUCAUCAACGUCUUCAAAUGCCGAUACUUGUGCCGUAGGUAGUAGUUUUAGUUGUUCAGAAACUGGUAGAUAUGCUAGUCCAAUCGAUACUACAUGUAAAUCAUAUAUCUACUGUUACCGCUAUUCAAAUGGAACUGUUGGACAAUUUGGGUAUAACUGUUCUAUUGGUCUUUUUAAUCCUAGUACUCAAAGCUGCGACCUCACAUACGUGUGUCCUUGUAGAGAAGAAACGACGCUACCAUUAACAUCUGAGUCCACCACGAUCACCUCAGUUUCAUCGACAAGUUCAUCAACGUCUUUAAAUACUGAUACUUGUGCCGUAGGUAGCGGUUUUAGUUGUUCAGAAACUGGUAGAUAUGCUAGUCCAAUCGACACUACAUGUAAAUCAUAUAUUUACUGUUACCGGUAUUCAAAUGGAACUGUUGCGCAAUUUGGGUAUAAUUGUUCUAUUGGACUUUUCAAUCCUAGUACUCAAAGCUGUGACCUUGCUUACGUAUGUCCCUGUAUAGAAGAAACUAUUCUACCAUAAAGAAAUGAAAAUACUCUGACUACAAAAUAUUUGAGUCUAUUUUGAUCAUAUCAGUUACAUCGGCAAGCUCAUUAAUGUCAAUAAACGCUGGUAUUUGUACCGCAGCUAUCAGUUUUAAUUUUUCUGCUAGUUCUUGUGUAACUACAUGUAAAUAAUUAAAAAAUUAUUCACAUUUAGUUUUAAUUUUUAAUUUGCCGUUAUCGCUGUUUACUUGGAACUGUUGGACAAUUUGGGCAUGAUUGUUCAGUUACACAUUUAACUUCUAAUACGCAUCUAUUUGACCUCGUAUACAUGUAUCUCUGCAUAGAAGAAAAGACUUAACCAUUAAGGGAAGAAACAUCAGUCAAGGUCAGUCAUUUCUGAGGCCAUGGCCAUAUCAGUUUCAUCGACAAGUUCAUGAAAUUCACAAGUUCAGCAAACACCGAUAUUUGCUUUGUAAUAUCAGUUAUUCUGAAACUAUCCGACUUGGCAUAUCCGCUAGCAUCCCGUCUCUAAUUUAAAAUUUUAUUAAAAAAUCCAUGCAGUUGUUUUUUUAUUAGUCGUUAGUAGGCUAGAAUGAAAGUUUAAAAAAGAAAAUGCGUAUUCCCAACCCUUGACCUUUUUUGGGGAAUUCUGAAUUGAAUUUUCUUCCUAAAUUAUUAUAAGUUAUACAAAAAAUAUAUAAGAAAAAAGGAAGAUCAAAUAUAUUUUCUGUAAUUGACCUCUUUGGAGUGAAGCAUAGGACCAACCGAAAUAAAGCUAGAAAGCACCAGUCCCUAAAAUAAUUUGUUUUUAGUAUCUUUUUUGUGUGCUUUGAAUUUACUCAGGUGUAUAGAGAAUUUGGUUUAAAAUACUUUUUUCGACCGUUAAUUUCAGUUCGCAAUCCAGCAAUUAUUUUUGUCUGUCAUAAAUUUGAAGUAAUAAGUAUGAAUACCUCUGCAUUUAAAAAAUCUUAAAAACUGUAAAACAUAGUUUAUUUUUAGUUAGUAAAACAUAGAACAUAUAAAACCUUAUAUGUUAUGCCUAAUUUGUAAGUUUUUCUUAGAGCCUUAAGUUUUAUAAACGGUAUCUUAUAUGGUCUUUUGAUAACUUGUUAUAUCAGCCCCAUCUUUUAAAAAUGCACUCUCCUUGUUGAUUAAUUGUAAAACUUCGUUUUUUUGUCCCAUUUCGGAGUUAUAUUAGCAAGAUCGCGACUAAUUAGAACUUUUCUGGUUUAAUUUUGCAGUUAGUGUAAUAAGAG